AGCUCUUCGACUGAAAUAAUCAGAUCAGCUGAUCUGACCUAGCAACAACACAACGUAGCUACAGAAGUCUGCAAGGGAGGGGGACUGAAGAACAAAACAAUGACACUGCUCGGAAGGACCCAAACACAGUAAGACUUUUAAAGGACUUUUAAAACGUAAUUGCGUGGAUUUCCUUCCGGGCUUAAAGCCAAAACCCUCCCUGGUUAUCAGCGGUUCUCUCACCGGCUAUUUUUUUAUUUAUUUGUACUUAUGCCUCUUCAGUUCAGUUGACAAACAGGAGGCUAGCUGCUUGUUUGGACGGCUGUGAGGCGUUAGCGUCUGCUGCUUCUGUUUGGGGGGGAAAGUUCACGCACACUUACCGCUAAAUCAAGCUAGCUGGAAGCCGAAUUAUGGCCAAAUCAUAAAAAUAGAAUUUUAUAAAUUAGCUUCCUAGGCUCAGUUUAUUUUGCUAGCUAGCCUGUUGUUAGCAUCAACACUUACACAUUUAUUUAUCUCAGGAAAAGCUCCCAGUUGACACUGUCUGUUUCCCCAUAUGUGAUAUUUAAUACGUUUAGCACUUAUUCUAUUUAGUCAGAAAAAUAAAGUCGACAAAGUCAAUUGCGUGUACAUAUAUUUCGGGGAUGUUUUUUUUAAGAAAAGACCAUUAACGGCAACUUUGUUGCACCAGAAAGCUAGUUUAGCUUAUCUGUUAGCAUUACCUGCAGCUCCAUAACUAAAAAAUUAAAAUUGGGAAAUCACGUUCAACAGUUUGUGCGGCUAAACCCGUCCACCAUGCAGCUGUCUUAAUUUUAUUUAUUGACAUUGCAUCAUUUUAGUUCAGUAUUACUUCAUGUGCAUCUCACUUUAACUGCUUUUGGGAACUAGCAGGUGCUUCUGUCAAAGCUGUCCCAGUAAGCAAAUAAUCUGACCUGACGAUCAACUUCUAAAAAAAACAAAAAAAACAAUGAGCGGGCAUGGCUCAUCAUCUGAAAAGGGAGUCAAUACGAGUUUAAUAUGUCAAGAGAAUUAUUCCUGCGGCGGCUCCGAAGAGGCUGCGUUCGAGUGUGACGGCUGCAAAACCCUUCAGUGUGUCAGGUGUGAGCUGGAGCUCCACCGUCAGGAGCACCUGAGGAACCACGAUCGGGUCCCAGUGGGUCCAGGCCACGUUCCCUACUGUGACAACUGCAAAGGAGGGAGCGGCGACGGGACCAAGCGCCACAGGUCCGUGGUCCGCUGCCAGAACUGCAAGGUGAAUCUGUGUCAGGACUGUCAGAAACGCACCCACAGCGGAAGCAGCAAGAAAAAACACCAGCUCACCUCCUAUCCCCCGCCACCGCCCAAGCCCGCCGAAGGGAACCCUACGAGGACGUCCGUCCAGAACGCGGACGUGCCUCAGCCGUGCGAGAGGACGAGGCUGCUGGAGAAGGUGUCGAGCUUUCUCCUCGUCGACGAGAAUGAAGAAAUGCAGAUAAAAGAUGAAGCCUCGUUCGUGAGGUCCCUUGGCUGCAGUCCCAACCAGCUGCUGAAGGUGGUCUCCAUCUUCGGCAACACCGGCGAGGGCAAAUCCCACACGCUGAAUCACACCUUCUUCACGGGCAGAGAAGUCUUCCAAACCUCCCCCACGCAGGAGUCGUGCACAGUGGGCGUAUGGGCAGCGUUUGACCCCAUCCACACGAUUGUGGUCAUCGACACGGAGGGGCUGCUUGGCAACAGCUCCAAACAGGGUCAGAGGACUCGUCUGUUGCUCAAGGUCCUCGCCAUCUCGGACCUCCUCAUCUACCGCACCCACGCCGACCGCCUCCAUGACGACCUUUUCAAGUUUCUGGGUGAUGCGUCCGACGCCUAUCUGAAGCAUUUCACCAAGGAGCUAAAAGCCACGACGGCCCGCUGUGGUCUGGAUGUCCCUCUGUCCACCCUGGGCCCAGCGGUGGUCAUCUUCCAUGAAACUGUGCACACCAAGCUCCUGGGUUCAGAUAAAGCAUCGGAGUCUGUGGAUCGGCUGCUCUUGGAGCGCUUUAGGAAGCUUUCCCGAUUUCCAGAAGCCUUCAGCUCCGUCCAGUAUUGGGGCACGCAGACUCUCAGUCCGCCUACCGAUUUCCGCGGCUUGCAGAGUAAACUGGAGCAGCUCCUGGAUAACAAUGCCACCCGCUCCCCUCGUACCCCAGGCGUCAUCUUCAAAGCCCUGCAGGCAUUGAGUGAGCGCUUUAACGGGGAAAUCACUGGUGAGGUUGCAGCACACAGCUGCUUCUUUCCUGAUGAGUACUUCACCUGUUCCAGCUUCUGCCUCAGUUGUGGAUCUGGCUGCAAAAACAGCAUGAACCACUUACAAGAAGGAUCGUACCAUGAGGCGAAGCAACGCUGCCGUUACUCUGCUCAGUAUGAUAAUCGCAUUUACACGUGUAAGGCUUGUUAUGAAGGAGGGAAGGAAGUGAUAGUUGUCCCGAAGACGUCUGCUUCCUCAGACUCCCCAUGGAUGGGCCUUGCCAGAUACGCCUGGUCUGGGUAUGUUAUUGAAUGUCCAAACUGUGGAGUGAUCUACCGAAGCCGCCAGUACUGGUAUGGCAACCAGGAUCCUGUGGAUACAGUCGUCCGCACUGAGAUCCAGCAUGUUUGGCCUGGGUCUGAUGGCUUUUUAAAGGACAACAACAAUGCUGCACAGCGGCUUCUCGAUGGCGUCAAUCUAGUGGCUCAGUCGGUAUCGGAGCUCAGCGUGAAGCCUGCUAAGGCCGUCACCUCUUGGCUGACAGAUCAGAUCGCCCCGGCCUACUGGAAACCCAACUCCCUCAUCAUGAUGUGCCACAAGUGUCACACAGUCUUCCAGGGUAACGACACCAAGCAUCACUGCCGUGCCUGCGGGGAGGGCUUCUGUGACGGCUGCUCCUCCAAAGCUGCGCCCGUCCCUGAGAGAGGCUGGGGUCCUGCCCCUGUCAGAGUCUGUGACGUCUGCUUCGAGCAGAGGGCUUCGUAUGCAGAGAUACUUGCGUCAGAGCUUGAGGAGGAAGAAGGAGGAACUCUGGCCAGGAAGGUUGGAGAGGCUGUCACCAACACCAUCGGAGUCGUGGCUACUGCUAUUGACUUCCCACUGGGCCUAGUGAAGGACGCAGCCCGUCCCGCCUAUUGGGUGCCUGACCAGGACAUCCUGUCGUGCCACAACUGCCAGCGUGAGUUCACUGCCAAGCUGUCCAAGCACCACUGCCGCGCCUGCGGCCAAGGAGUCUGUGACGAGUGCUCCCCGCAGCGUCGAGCGGUCCCUUCCCGGGGCUGGGACCACCCCGUACGCGUGUGCAGCGGCUGCAACCAGAAGCUGGGAGAACUCUGAUAUGGUUACUCUUUCCCUCCUCUGAGCUCCGGAUCGGCAGCGUUCACUCAGAUGGCAGUCCGUCCCCGCUCAGGUGUACCCCCUGCUACUCUAAUGGAUUGGUUUUGCAUAAAUGGAAAGGGAAACGUAGGGAAUGCUUAAAUAUUUUAGCAGAUUUUGGAUUCAGAGUUGCCGUGGCCUUUUUAGAACACACAGAACAUGGGGGGGGGGGGGG